UCCUCCUGCUCUCUGCCUCCUGAGUAGCUAGGAUUACAGGUGUGAGCCACUGGCACCUGACUAGAAGUUAAUAAUUUAAAUGCAAGUCAGCAUCAUUAUUAUUUCUGGUAUCUAAGUUCCAAACUGUGCAAAGAGAAUUGCAAAAUGCAAAUAUCCUAGAGGUAUCUGUUUGGUAAUUUUCCUCUAAAUCUGCCUUUUCCUUAUGCUUCAGUCCUAAUGUAUAUACAAGAGACAAUUGGAAUAAUUUGGCUUCUAUUAAAAAAGGAGUCAUAUGUAAAAUUUUCAAAUACUUCACACAUUUCUAGAAUAGUAUCUAACCUAAGGCAAGUAACUGGGAUUAGGAGUGAGAAAACUAGUAUCCUGGUGUUGAGAAACCAAGCUACACCCUUUUCCAUGUCUGCAUUCAAGCAGCUGAAUGUUCCUGAAGAAAAUCUACAUACUGGCCCAUCUGGCUUAACUUUCAACUUAUGAUCACAAAUCUUAAACGUGUACCAAUGCCACCAAAGCAGUCCUAAGGAAAGGAUAGGACUUGCUUUCCUCUCCCCUACAUUUGCAUCUUAACCUUUGUUAUCCUUACUAUCAGUGGAAGCAUCCUAUCCAAGGUCUAUCCCUCUAUUUCCUUAUAUUCUUCUGUGGAUUUCAGUCCUCUGUGGGUCCAGCAAGCUGCCUCUCUCCUGUAUCAAGAAUCUUUUUCACCAAUGGUGCAUAAAAAUGCUAAAAAGCCCCACGGUCCUUUAAAAACCUCUCCUCUGGGUCAAGAUGGAGCUCUGUGGUUCAGCACUUACCUAGCAUGCGCAAGUCCCUGGGUGUGAUCACUAGCACGGAAAGGGGGAAAGGUACAACUCUCCUCUGACCUCAUAACCUUUUGCACUAUCACCAAAUUUCUCUUCUCCCCUCACAGCAAAACUUCUCUCAAGUUGCCUGUAUGUGCUGUCUCUAUUUCCCCACUUUUCUGUUCACUCUUUAACCUAUUCUAGUGUGGUCAAUAUCCCUGACUGACCCAUAUGAAUCAGGUCAAAGUCACCAACAACAUUCUAUAGUAACCUCCAAGGUAACCAAUUCAAUAGUCAUGCCUCUGGUUCAACUUUAUCAGAACUCUCAGCUGCUGAAGCUUUCCCUUCUACUUGAAACUCUGUCCUUGAAUUCCACAAUUCAAUACUCUAAAUUUCCUUCUCUCUUCCUGCCCUCUCUCUAAUGUUAGGGUAACACAGGAUUUGGUCCAGAAUUUUUCUUCUCUCUUUCCUUCAAGUCAAGGGUCAUACACAGUCCACAGCUAAAUUUAAACAUCUGAUUUAGUUGCCAACAUUUCAAAAAAUUUACAUUUUUAAAAAAAUCCAGACUUCUGAUUUCUUCAGAGGAAAAAACAGUAUCUGUCAAUAUUGGGCCAGCAUUCUCAUAACAGAGCAAUCAGCUGCACGGAGCAGGUCCCUCGACACGAGGUUCGUUUGUUAUCACCACAUCUAAUGCAAAGAAAUUGGGAAUACAGUCCUGAGCCACAUUUCCUUAAGUACCAAAACUCUCCUUAGGGAGCCACUAAAACACCUGGCAAUCGGCGUUCUGUCAACUUCACCGCUGGUUGGGCGAGGUCCGCAGGCGCCUCCUGGGGAGGAGGGGUUGAAGGACUCCGCCCUCAGGGAACUUAACAGCUCCCGGGCAAAGACAAGAAAUGCACAUUUUAAAACACAGAAUUACAUCGUGCCAAAUACUGCAAUUCUUUUCAGCUAAAGACGACUGUUGUGGUCUGCGGCAUACAAGCGUAAGUCUUCCGCUGCCUCUCCGGCUGAAGUGGCCUGAGGUCACCGAGAGGAGACCCUUACUCUCUUAUCUAGCAGUGGUUUUAGGAGACUCUCUUCUAGGGCAGAGAGAUAACCAAAAGCCGCUGGGCAAGGACAGCCCUUCUGCUGUUGCUCUUGGGUACUGUACUGUGUCAGAAGAGCUGCGAGCGCCAGGACACCCGUCGGGCCUUACUAGGUGGCUGGCCACAGAGCAGCGUUCGGAGGGCGGGUCCAGCCCGACUGAGGCGGAGACUGGGCGGGGCCGGGCCUAGGAGCAGCCUCAGCCUCACAGCCCAGCUCCGCGCGCGCUUCCUCCAGCCACCCCCACUCCUCCAGCCCUUAACGGGUUCAGGGGGCCCAAGACAGCAGCUAAGGAACCAGGUCAACCAGGCCAAGAUCCGGGACCGCCCAGAGGCGGCGGCCUCCGUCCAGGAAGCCCCACCCAGCCCGAGCCCGGAUGCCACCGCGCCAGCUGAGCCCACGCGCGACCGGGCGAGGGCGCGGGAGGGCGCGUGCGGCGUGACGACGCGACUCGCGGCGCGUCCCGUGACGCCAUCGCGCCUGCUUUUGAAAGUUGGCGCCCGGGGCCGCCUCCCAUGCUGCCCUGCGCCAACCCCUCCCCUCACCUUUCCUCCCCCGCCCUCCACUCGCCGCCCGGCCGGCCCCCCCACCCGUCCCUUCCCUUAUCAGCACCCGCGGCCCCGGCAGCGCCGACGCAGGCGCACUGCACCGCACGUCCGCCAUUUUGUGCCCGAGCCUGUGGAGCGAUUAAACCGUGCGCGGAGCUGCUUCUUUGGCGGCAGCGGCGGCAGCAGUAGCCGGUGCGGGCACGCGGAGCUGGCCGGGGACGCCGGGUGGCCGGAGCGGUGGAGCGGCGGCGGAGCGAGCGCCGCGGGGGGUGUGGCGCGGAGAAUGAUCUCAGACCUAAAACCAAAGAACAAGAUGCACUAGUAGACAGAUUGCCGACCAAGGAUUUGGGAGCUAGUUCUGUUAUCUGUCCUCAAACUGACUUCGCAGCCACGGAGAGGAAAGGGAAAUGGAAGGUGAGGCGGUCGAAGCCAUUGUGGAGGAGUCUGAAACUUUCAUUAAAGGGAAGGAGAGAAAGACAUACCAACGACGCCGGGAAGGGGGCCAGGAAGAAGAUGCUUGCCACCUACCCCAAAACCAGACAGAUGGGGGUGAGGUGGUCCAGGAUGUCAAUAGCAGUGUACAGAUGGUGAUGAUGGAACAGCUGGAUCCUACCCUUCUUCAGAUGAAGACUGAAGUAAUGGAGGGUACAGUGGCUCCAGAAGCAGAGGCUGCAGUAGAUGAUACCCAGAUCAUAACCUUGCAGGUUGUAAAUAUGGAGGAACAGCCCAUUAAUAUAGGAGAGCUUCAGCUUGUUCAAGUACCUGUUCCCGUGACUGUACCUGUUGCUACCACCUCAGUAGAAGAACUUCAGGGGGCUUAUGAAAAUGAAGUGUCUAAAGAGGGCCUUGCAGAAAGUGAACCCAUGAUAUGUCACACUUUACCUUUGCCUGAAGGGUUUCAGGUGGUGAAAGUGGGGGCCAACGGAGAGGUGGAAACACUAGAGCAAGGGGAACUUCCACCUCAGGAAGAUCCUAGUUGGCAAAAAGACCCAGACUAUCAGCCACCAGCCAAAAAAACAAAGAAAACCAAAAAGAGCAAACUGCGUUACACAGAGGAGGGCAAGGAUGUAGAUGUCUCUGUCUACGACUUUGAGGAAGAGCAACAAGAAGGUCUGUUGUCGGAGGUUAAUGCAGAGAAAGUGGUUGGUAAUAUGAAGCCUCCAAAGCCAACAAAAAUUAAAAAGAAAGGUGUAAAGAAGACAUUCCAGUGUGAGCUUUGCAGUUACACGUGUCCACGUCGUUCAAAUUUGGAUCGUCACAUGAAAAGCCACACUGAUGAGAGACCACACAAGUGCCAUCUCUGUGGUAGAGCAUUCAGAACAGUUACCCUCCUGAGGAAUCACCUUAACACACACACAGGUACUCGUCCUCACAAGUGCCCAGACUGUGACAUGGCCUUUGUGACCAGUGGAGAGUUGGUGCGGCAUCGUCGUUACAAACACACCCAUGAGAAGCCAUUUAAGUGUUCCAUGUGUGAUUAUGCCAGUGUAGAAGUCAGCAAAUUAAAACGUCACAUUCGCUCUCAUACUGGAGAGCGUCCGUUCCAGUGCAGUUUGUGCAGUUAUGCCAGCAGGGACACAUACAAGCUGAAAAGGCACAUGAGAACCCAUUCAGGGGAAAAACCUUAUGAAUGUUAUAUUUGUCAUGCUCGGUUUACCCAGAGUGGUACCAUGAAGAUGCACAUUUUACAGAAGCACACAGAAAAUGUGGCCAAAUUUCACUGUCCCCACUGUGACACUGUCAUAGCCCGAAAAAGUGAUUUGGGUGUCCACUUGCGAAAGCAGCAUUCCUAUAUUGAGCAAGGCAAGAAAUGCCGUUACUGUGAUGCUGUGUUUCAUGAGCGCUAUGCCCUCAUUCAGCAUCAGAAAUCACACAAGAACGAGAAGCGCUUUAAGUGUGACCAGUGUGAUUAUGCUUGUAGACAGGAAAGGCACAUGAUCAUGCACAAGCGUACCCACACCGGGGAGAAGCCUUACGCCUGCAGCCACUGCGACAAGACCUUCCGCCAAAAACAGCUCCUCGACAUGCACUUCAAGCGCUAUCAUGACCCCAAUUUUGUGCCUGCGGCCUUUGUCUGUUCUAAGUGUGGAAAAACAUUUACACGUCGGAAUACCAUGGCAAGACAUGCUGAUAAUUGUGCUGGUCCAGAUGGUGUAGAAGGGGAAAAUGGAGGAGAAACAAAGAAGAGCAAACGUGGAAGAAAAAGAAAGAUGCGUUCUAAAAAGGAGGAUUCCUCUGAUAGUGAAAAUGCUGAGCCAGAUUUGGAUGACAAUGAGGACGAGGAGGAGCCUGCGGUAGAAAUUGAACCUGAGCCAGAGCCUCAGCCUGUGACCCCAGCCCCACCACCUGCCAAAAAGCGGAGAGGAAGACCCCCUGGCAGAACCAACCAGGCCAAACAGAACCAGCCAACAGCCAUCAUUCAGGUUGAAGACCAGAACACAGGUGCAAUUGAGAACAUUAUAGUUGAAGUCAAAAAAGAGCCAGAUGCUGAGCCUGCGGAGGGGGAGGAAGAAGAGGCCCAGCCAGCAGCCACAGAUGCCCCCAAUGGAGACCUCACACCUGAGAUGAUCCUCAGCAUGAUGGACCGGUGAUGACAGGGCCUCACUCAUCACCAGGACUGUUUUGGGCUGUGUUUAAACGGCCUGAAUCUUAAAUUUUUCUCCCUUCUUUCUUCUUUUGGCUUUGGGAAAAGCAUCAUUUUACACCAUUUACACCAAACAUACUGAGAACGAAAACUUCAAGGAUGAUGUUAGAAAAAUGUGAUUUAACUAGAACUUGCUGUUUGAUGUUAGCAAAUCAUGGAAUGUUCUGAGUCCCUGAGGGUUUACUGUGAAGUGCUGAGGACAGUGUUGAUGCCUAACUAGUUUUCUUAGAUGGAAACAGAGACAUUGAACCCUCUCUUGAUUUAGUAAACCACUCCAGAAUGGCCACGGGUUUCCCAAAGUUCUUUGGUCUUCUUCCCAAGAGAGUUUUUAAUUGUAAAUGCAGACUUGGGAAGGACUUAGACUUUUAACCUGUUUUUUGCUUUUGCUUUUCCCUGACUCCCUUUGCUUGGAGUCAGCUGCACACCAGUAGUAUGGCAUGCUACGAUCAGUUUCUGUCCUGAAAGCUUUGCCUCUUUCUUGGCAAAGUUUCUGGUAUGGUCAAGCUUGUAAAUAACUUUUUUUACAUUUUAAUCUUUUCCAUUAAUUAAGAGGUUGAAAAGAAGUGCAGUGUAAGAAAACCCAGCAUUUUAAUUACUUGCAAAUUAAGUUGCCACGGACUAGGUGGUGUAUAAAUGUUGACAAAGAAUCGGAUUACAAUCAUGUAGCAGAAGAGCACCCAGUCUGCUGCCCGCUAGUCACGGACACCAGUGUGGAAAGGUGAUUUGCAGCCCAUGGAGCCAGCAUUUGAACCUUUUACAAUUAACUUUCAGUUGUGAUUUCCCAUCAACAUUUUCUUUGCUCUGUUUGUAGCUGAAUGUUGUAUUUUAUAAAUCUUCUGUUUAAGUCAGAAGGGUAAUUAUGAAUGGGUCACAGCAGCCCUUACAAGCUGGGCCAGAAAUUUUCACUAGGUCAGUAAUUUAAACUUUGGAUCU